AUGCCACUUGCUCAUCCGAGUCUAAUGAUCAAUGGAGUAUCAUUCGAAACCCGAAUUCACUGGAUGCGUCUCGCAAACCAGGCAUUAGGAGGUUUGAGCGGCUCACCCUGCCCCUUUGCAGCCUUUGGAACCGUGGUAGUGAAUCAUACAGAGUCCACUGUGGGCGAGCUUAUCUGCAUGGGCGUCAAUGAGAAUUCGAAGACAGGAAACCCCUCAUUGCAUGGUCAGAUUCGAUUCCCACCAUUUGAAAUAUGUCUAGCGCUCAUGUCCACGAGUAUAGGAGAGAUCGCGGCAAUUACCAAUUGUACGGGUAUUCUCACUGAUCCUCGUGGCAAAUAUCGUCUUACUGCUACCGAGGCGGCGGCGGCAUUUACCGAUUUGUCUCUAUAUACGAAUGCCGAGAGUUGUCCCAUGUGUGCAUCUGCGAUUCGGUGGGCAGGGUUUCGCGAAUAUAUCUAUGGAACAUCGAUUACAACGCUCAUUGAGAAAGGGUGGGAACUGAUCCGUAUUGCGUCUGUAGAUGUCUUUGAGGCCUCUUUUGACCUUCCGUAUUCAUCGCGGCUGAUUGCUGGUGUUCUUACUAACGAGACGGAUCCUUACUUUCUGUGGCAGUACGAUCCGACCUAUCCAUGUCCUCGGGGUUGCUCGCGGACUAAGAGUGGGAAAAGCUGUACAGCGGAUUCAGGUUAA